AUGGCGGCAAACACAAACUCACCAAAGCAUAAGGGGAAUAACGCCAUCUUUUCUCCCUUGCUCGCUGAGACCCUUACACGCGCAAGGCGGACACGACAUGCCUGCAUGAGGCAGCCUGACAGGUGGGAUCCCUACGACACACUACUCCAACGCUUGCCGGAUCAAAGUGGCUACGAUGCCCGAGCUCACACGAGGAGAGACACGCAGAGGGACAGUCGAUCGACAGGCACGGCAUGUAACCUGCCCACCCUGAACACCACAGAGAGACUCAUACACAGGCUCAUCCAAGCGCCUGGAUCACAGCACAUGACACCGCUCCCUACCCAGGAUCAAGACCACAGCGCCUCCGAGACUGAGCUACAUCUCCUGCAGACAGCCACGCUCAACCCAUGGACGGCCACUAUUCCUACCCAAGCCACGGCAUAG